AUGGAUCAGUAUCUCCUAUUCGUGCGCCUCACCACCAAGAUGAGAGGAUAUUCCAGUAAAUUGUUGUGCCUGGCAAACUUAGCUAUUGUUGGCCUUUUCUACUGUGUUAUUUCUUCACUUGUAUAUUUUGAGCCUCAAUCCCCUUUGUGUCAAUUUACAUCUACUUUGGGUAAUGAAACAGUUAAUGAAGAGCCACUAGCUGAAAAGCCCAUCGUUCUGCUGUGGUUCUGGCCUUUUGGUGUGAGGUUUGAUUUCCAAAUCUGCUCAAGCUACUUCAACAUUGAUGGCUGCAUUCUGACUGAUGACAGGUCAUUGUACAGCCAAGCCGAGGGAGUCAUCAUCUUCCAUAAAGAAAUAAACUGGCAUUUGGAAAACCUGCCCAAGGAGCCACGUCCAUAUUUUCAGAAGUGGAUUUGGUUCCAUGUGGAAUCUCCCAGGAACACGGUGAAGACACCAGGUCUGGAAAAUCUGUUCAACUUAACAUUGAACUACAGACGAGAUGCUGACAUCACAGUGAGGAAUGAGGUGACGAUCAAGCAAACAGAGACAAAGGAAGAAGUAGUUCUGCCCAAAAAGGACAAACUGGUUUGUUGGGUUGUCAGUAACACCGACCCGGCUACUGGAACAUCUGUGAGAGAGACAUAUUAUGCAGAACUGUCCCAACACAUAAAGGUUGAUGUAUUUGGUGCUUUUACGGGGCAGCGGUUGAAAGAUGAAGACUAUUACUCCACCCUUGCGAGUUGUAAGUUUUAUCUCUCAUUUGAGAACUCGCUCCACGUGGACUACAUAACAGAGAAGGUCAACGGGCCCCUUGUAGCAGGGACCGUCCCUGUAGUUAUGGGUCCACCAAGGGAAAACUACGAGCAGUUCCUUCCCAAUGGUUCCUUCAUUCACGUAAAUGAUUUCCCUGAUGCUAAAGGUCUGGCAGAGUUUCUGCAACGCCUGGACAAGGACCAUGAAGCAUACAUGAAUUACUUUGAGUGGAGAAAGUACUAUGAAGUCACUGCUCAUCUUUUGUCAAUGAGCAAUGAAUUCAUUCAUCCUGUCUGCCUCGCCUGUGACCACAUCUCAAAGUACAAAGAAUAUCAUGUUGUCAAUGAUCUUUAUGGGUGGUACUUUCAUGAUAUCUACAGUGAGAACAUCAUUUGA